UUUUUUUUUCCAACCCCAUCUGAUUGUCAGAAUACACAAAGAACGAAACAAUGGCAUCCAUGUUCUCACUCGAGGGCUCUACAGCAGUUGUCACCGGUGCCACGAGGGGCAUUGGACAGGCCGUUGCUAUUGGGCUUGCCGAAGCCGGCGCAGACAUUAUUCUAAUCCAGAGAGAUACCACUUCAACGGCGACCAAAGAGGCCGUUGAAAAGGCAGGCCGCAAAGCAUGGAUCUUCACGGCUGAUCUCGCUGUUCAAGAGCAAGUCGCAAACAUCGCCAAGGACGUCACCGCCGCCGGCCACAAGGUGGACAUUCUAGUCAAUUGCGCCGGCAUCCAGAGGAGGCACCCUUGCGAAGAGUUUCCUGAUAAUGACUGGAACGAUGUCAUCCAAGUCAACCUCAACACCGUCUUCACCCUCUGCCGCGACUUUGGCCGCGAGAUGCUCUCCCUCCCCGUCUCUCCCGUCACCGGCCGUCGCGGCAGCAUCAUAAACUUUGCCUCGCUGCUCACCUUCCAGGGUGGCUUUACAGUCCCCGCCUACGCCGCGUCCAAGGGCGCCGUGGGCCAAGUCACAAAAUCGUUUGCCAACGAGUGGACGGCCAAGGGCAUCACAGUCAAUGCCAUUGCGCCUGGAUACAUUGAGACGGAGAUGAACACUGCGCUGCUGAACAACCCGGAGAGGUUGGCGAGCAUCAGUGCCAGAAUUCCCGCGGGCAGAUGGGGGUCACCCGAGGACUUUAAGGGGACUUCGGUGUACCUGGCGAGCAAAGCGAGUGGAUAUGUGAGUGGACAUACUCUGGUGGUGGACGGUGGAUGGAUGGGCCGGUAGAGAAACCCGUCUUUUGAAAGUUGGAAACUGGGGCUGUAUAUAGACAUGAAUGAUACCUGAGAUGAUUGAGAUAUUUGCUCCUCAAUACAAAAAAAAAAAAAAAUAAUAAUAAUGUGCUCUUGGCUAAACUAGCACUUAGAUGGACUGCGGCGCGAGAUUUAACAAAGGGGUCAAUAGGUUAGGCAAGAUAGUCGUGC